AUGGUACUACUAACAUCAUCGGCCGUCUCGGUGGUGAUAUCGAGCAGCGUAGUGUGCACAUUCACGUUCCUGCUCUUCCUGUCCGGCUACGUGCUACAACAACAGACGGUCCGCUCACUGCAGGAAGCGAUACGGCAGCCCGCGGAGAGAAAACCCGUGCCGACGCUACCUGCGAAGUUCCGGCAUCAGGAGAACGAAUCGGUCGAGGCGGUUGUCGGUGGUGGUGGCGAGUCGUUGGAUGGAUCCGGCGCGCCGCUCGUCGUGAUUGAGGAGCCGCUGUCGCAGCGCUCAAGGCAAGGGCAGGGGAUGCUGCAAGUCACGGUGCCGGUCGAGGUCGGUCGGCAGAGUCAGCAACAGCAACAUCAGCAGCAGCAGCAAUUGGGCGAUGUAUCGCCGGAGAGGAAGGAUCGAGAUGCUGUUCAGGGAUCAGGAGAUGAUCCGUUAUACGAGCGACUGGCGUAUAUGUUUGCAUUGCUGCAGCCGUCCGAUCUUUGCUCUGCACUGUUGUUCACACAAGAACAUCGAAAGGCUUCGUCACUUGCUAUACAGCCGUCGGUCGUGCUGCUGUAUCCCUCGACUUGGGAAACAAGCUCGGAUGAACAACACACUUCAGUCUUGAAAUUGAUGAGGGGGGUCCAGGAGCUGUACGACCUUGUAUACCAUCCCGUGCAGAUGACUGAAGGGUUUGAGGUGAAUGCUCAACUUCUUGGAGAGUUACAAUGGACUCGAUGGGAUUAUGAUCGGGCACUGUACCUUCGAUCGCCGGGACUGGCGAUCAAUAUGGCCGCCUUAGACGAAGCGCUGGCGUCAUCUGUUCUACGCAAAUCCUGGGCGCCGUUGAGUGCGGCAGCUGGUAAUAAUCCAGAUGUGCUACUUUACACCACCAAAGGGCUUCAGAGUCCUAGAAAAGAGUUGAGAAACUUGGUUGCUUCCGCUGCUGUCUCCGAGGCCUUUGAGGAUCCAGCAUAUGCAGAAUCGCGGGCUCACAAAUCGGCCUACGUUCUUCUAGAUGAGCCGCUGCUCCUUCACAAUCAGGGUGAAGAUGAUUGGACGCGACGUAUAUUGAACCGCUUCAACCACGGGAGGCGAAGUGUAUGUGCGGGUAGUGGAAUCCUGGAAGAUAUGGAAGGCAAUUGA